AGGAGGGAUGAGGAAGAGGAGAGGAGGAAAGUAGAGCCACGGAGAGGAGGAGAGGAGAGUAGCGGACCGUCCUUGACUCAGGCUAACGGAGCAUUUAAGAGCUCAGAGGAGGAGAAGAGGAGGAGAGGAGGACAACCAGAGGAGGGGGAUAUCCAGGAGGAGCAUCCGUCUCCUAUCGCCGAGGUACCGAGCGGAAUCACCCCGCCUCCUGCGCAUCCUCCGAGGCUCCGCAUCGCCGCUGUCCGGCCCUCAUCAUCCAGACUCAGACCAGACUCCUCUUCCUCUACUGAGAUCAGCUGAUCAUCCAAAGAUGGAGAGUUUCCUGAUCCUGCUGAUGUUCAGCUCAGUGCUGUUGACCACGGCCCAGGGCGGAGACGUUUGCGUCUCAGGUCACGACAGCGGACCGGUGUUUGAGAAACAACCCAGCAGCGUCAUUUACCCAGAAGGCCUCACUGAAGGAAAGGUGACGCUCAGCUGCCAGGCCAGAGCCAACCCUGCUGCCUCCUACAGGUGGCUGGUAAACGGGACAGAGGUGGCAUUGGGUCUGGAUGUGCGCUACACUCUAGUAGCGGGCAGUUUGGUGAUCAGCAGCCCUGAGUUGAUCAAAGACACCGGGUCGUACCAGUGUCUCGCCAUCAACCGCUGCGGCACCAUCAUCAGCCGCGCCGCUGUUCUUAAGUUUGGCUAUCUGGAUGACUUCUCCUCAGACGGCCGGAGCCCUCAGACGGCAUAUGAAGGAGCGGGAACCUUUUUAGCCUGUCAGCCCCCUCCUCAUUACCCAGCUCUGUCGUACCGCUGGUUCCUGAACGAGUUCCCAAACUUCCUGAAGAAGUCGGGCGGUCGCAUGUUCGUGUCCCAGGUGACGGGGAACCUUUUCGUCGCCAAAGCAGAGGUCAACGACACGGGGAACUACUUCUGCUUCACCACAGUCAACCUGGAAAUCAGCAGCAAGAGCACGUUCAGCCGAGCCAACCAGCUCACCGUGAUGCCUGACGUCAAUCCCAGGAAGUCAGCUCCCAGCAUCAAGGUGCGUUUCCCAGCGGAGACGUAUGGGCUGGCUGGCCAGACGGCUCAGUUAGAAUGCUUCGCUUACGGAAAUCCGGUGCCAAAGCUGCGGUGGAGGAAGGUUGAUGGUUUGAUGCCGUCUAAAGCAGGUUCCAGCGUAGCGGGCCCGACUCUGACCCUGCCUGAUCUGUCCUUCGAUGAUGAGGGCGUCUAUGAGUGUGAGGCAUACAACUCUGAGGGAAGUGACACGUACCAGGGACGCAUCAACGUCCAAGCUCAGCCCGAGUGGUUGCAGGUGAUGAGCGACUCAGAGGUGGAGAUCAGCUCGGAGCUUCACUGGAGCUGCGUCGCUGCUGGAAAACCUCGACCGUCGGUACGCUGGCUACGCAAUGGACAGGCCCUCAGCACACAGGACCGGGUAGAGGUGAACGGGCCUCGUCUGAAGAUCAGUAACCUCGCCCUGGAGGAUUCUGGGAUGUAUCAGUGUGUGGCUGAGAAUAAACACGGCACCAUCUACUCCACAGCCGAGCUCAGAGUCCAAGUCCAGGCACCAGACUUCAGGUUAAACCCGGUCAGGAAGCUGAUCCCUGCUGCGAGGGGGGGUCAGGUGAUGAUUGAGUGCCGGCCCAGAGCUGCCCCUAAACCAAGUCUGUUCUGGAGCCGAGGGACGGAGCUGCUCACCAACAGCAGCAGGGUCACCGUCAGUCCUGAUGGAGUCCUGUGGAUCCACAACAUCAGCCGAGCAGACGAGGGGAAGUACACAUGCUUUGCUGAGAACUACCUGGGCAAGGCCAACAGCACAGGACACCUGUCUGUCAGAGACGCCACAAAGAUCACACUGGCUCCAUCCAACGCCGACAUCAACCAGGGAGAGAAUGUGACGCUGCAGUGCCACGCCUCCCACGAUCCUACCAUGGACCUGACCUUCACCUGGGCCCUCAACGGGGUCCAGCUGGACCUGGAGGACCCCAUCGGACCGUUUCGUCGAGUGGAGGGGAAGGAGAACAUCGGCGACCUGUUCAUAGUGAACACUCAGCUGAGUCAGGCGGGGUUGUACACGUGCUCGGCUCAGACCGUAGUGGACAGCGCUGUGGCGUCAGCCAAACUGGUGGUCAGAGGGCCCCCUGGUCCUCCUGGAGGUCUGCUGGUGAGGAACGUGGCAGAGACAUCGGUGGAGCUGCACUGGAGUAGAGGAUAUGAUAACCACAGCCCCAUUGGAAAGUAUGUGGUGAUGGGACGGUCGCCGCUGUCAUCGGAGUGGAGGAAAAUGAGGACAGACCCGAUGAACAUAGAGGGAAACGCAGAGUCGGCUCGUGUCAUUGGUCUGAUGCCGUGGAUGGAUUACGAGUUUCAGGUCAUAGCCAGUAACAUCCUGGGCAGUGGGGAGCCAAGCACGCCAUCAUAUACCAUCAGAACACAACAAGCAGCCCCCACUGUGGCCCCAAGUGGACUUGGAGGAGGAGGCGGUGACCGUGGAGAGCUCAUUAUUACCUGGACGCCGAUGGCCAGAGAGUAUCAGAACGGAGAUGGCUUUGGUUACAUCCUGGCGUUCAGGAGGAAGGACACGUCAUCAUGGACGGUGGUUCGUAUUCCUCAUGUGGAGUCAUCCCGAUACGUUUACUUCAACGACAGCCUGACGCCGUACAGCCCCUUCGAGGUCAGGAUCAGAGCGUAUAACCGGCGAGGAGAGGGCCCAUUUAGCCAGAUCGCAGUGGUGCACUCUGCAGAGGAAGCGCCCACGGUGGGGCCCUCCAUCAUCAAUUCCACUGUCCUCACUGCCUUUGAGAUCCUGGUUUCCUGGGAGCCGGUCCAGGAGCACAUGGCCAACGGCAUCCUCCGAGGAUACGAGAUCCGUUACUGGAGGCAGCAUGAGCGUGAAGCGGCGGCAGAUCGAGUGCGGACAGCGGGACUCGAGACGUCGGCUCGAGUGUCCGGGCUCAGGCCGAGCACUCGGUACCACGUCGCCGUCCUGGCAUACAACAGCGCCGGAACCGGUCCGCCCUCACCACGAACUACCGUUACCACCAGGAAACCCCCUCCAAAUCGCCGCCCUGGUAAUGUGUCCUGGAAGGCGGAUGGCUCGUAUGUGACGGUGAGGUGGGACCACGUGAAGGCCAUGCACAACGAGUCUGCUGUGCUCGGGUACAAGGUUCUCUACAAACAUGAAGGUCAGACGGCUCUGAAGGUUCUGGACAAAGCCAAGACGUCCGUAAGUCUGCCACUGCCCAAAGACAAUGGCUACGUGGUUCUGGAGAUCCGGUCAUGGGGGGAGGGCGGUGAUGGACCGGCACACGAGAUCAUCGUGUCCAGAGACUCAGGAACCGGGAUGAUGGUUCAGAAUGAAGCCCCCUCCAUCCGGUCCACCAUCCUCAGUGUCCUGUCUGCAUUGGUUCUCCUCUCUCUGGUGUCAUCAUUAGGCCUGUGAACUCAGCCAAUCAGUGGACUUUUAACUUUAAAGGCAUGAAUCUAGAUCUCUGUGUCUCAGCCCGA